AUGCCAAAACAAAAUAUUAUCGCAGGACUUGAUAUCGGUUCGAGCAAAAUUUCGGUAGUUGUUGGGAAUACGCUGCACGGGGGCACCCAAAAAAUAGGAAUUAUCGGCGUUGGUCACGCGCCUUCCAAAGGACUCCGCAGGGGAGUUGUCGUUGACAUCAACCAAACAGCCGAGGCUAUCCGUAAAGCCAUCUCCAGUGCUGAAUUGAUGGCAGGGGUGAAAAUAGACUCCGUCUGCGUCGGUAUUUCGGGUGAACAUGUUAUUGGGCAAACGUCACAUGGGGUUGUUUCCGUGGCAAAUACUGAGAUUUCGCAGGACGAUGUUGACCGAGCGAUGAUAGCAGCAAAGGCAAUCUCCAUUCCCGCAGACAGGGAAAUACUGCAUGUCAUCCAACAGAAUUUCGUCGUUGAUGCCCAGAGUCGUAUUCGGGAACCUAUCGGUAUGUCUGGCGCGCGUCUUGAAGCUUACGCCUACAUUAUUACAGGUGGCACAACGGCUAUUCAGAAUUUGCUCAAUAGCAUCGAAAAGGCAGGCGUGCCUAUAGUUGAAACGCUUGUCGCUGCACCGCUCGCAGCAACACAAGCUGCCAUCUCAAAGGAUGAGCGUGAAGUCGGCAUCGCACUUGUUGACAUCGGGGAUGGAACAACUGAAGUUAUUGUUUACAAAGAGGAUUCUAUCGAACAUACAGCAGUAAUUCCUGUUGGAGGACAGCACGUUACCAACGACAUUGCGCAAUACUUAAAAGUCACCCUUCCAGAAGCGGAGGAACUUAAACUUCACCGCGGCUGCGCUUGGACAGAAUUAGUCGAUCCUGAUGACGUUAGAUCUAUUCCAGUCGCCAGUGAUUCAACUCCACCGCGUUUCAUUGACCGGAUUGAACUUGCCCAAAUUAUUGAGUACCGUAUGGCUGAAAUCUUGGACGCAAUCGGUGACGAAUUAGGUGAUAUUCCGCUUCCGGGUGGACUCGUGCUCACGGGUGGUACUGCACUCAUGGACGGUUUGCAAGAACUCGCUGAAGCUAUGCUUCAGCUGCGCGUCCAGAUCGGAUACCCGCGUGGCUUGCAAGGCUUGACUGACCGGGUGAACCAUCCAAUGUAUUCCACAGGAAUAGGACUCGCUCUUUACGGUGAGACUUUGCGGCAGUUAGAACGUGAACACAACGUACGCCAUGGAGGGAACGCCUUUGGAUCAUUCCUGCAACGCAUCAAAGAAUGGUUUGGAUAUUAA